AUGUUGAACGACAGUAGUACUGCUUCUCUAUAUAAGUGUCUAAAUGUUAGUAACUACGCCAAAGUAGCUGUGCCUGUCGCACGAAAUGUUACUAUAAGUCCCAGCACAUCAUUAGUUAGCUCAACAGGCGAUAGCUCGACAUGCCAAGAUGACUCUGUAACAAUUGACGGCAACGAUUCCACCUACUAUGAAUCAAUUAAUGAUGUAACUUACGAAUCAUAUUUUAAACAUCGUAAAAAUGUAAUAAAUAAACUCGGGAGUGAGACAUGCAGAGGUAAAAUAUGCAAAAACUGCGACAAGCUCAUGCGUCAAGUUACCAACCUUAAGGAACAACUAUACUGUGAUUGGAACAAUCGAAUAAAACCUCUACAUGACUCUAUUGCAGUAAAACAGGAUAUAAUAGAUUGUUACAAGAAACAAAUAGAAUGCUACAAAUUAGAGCUUGACAAGUCUAGAGAGGAGAUUUCAGAAUUGAAAGACAGGUUGAAAUUUUCACAGCAAUUGAUUGAGCAAAAUAUCAACGCAGUGAAACUUAAACAACAGGAAUGUGACAACACUAAAAUUCUACUGGAAAGUGCUUUAAAUUCUCUCAAUAUUGAGAGGUAUAAUGUGAAUAAUCACAGUUGUCACAAUAAGCACAUAAAAUCUCAUAAAAUUGAACCCAAAAACAUGUCCAAUAUCGCAAAUAAUACACAUGAUCAGUACGGUAAUGUGUGUGGUGAAUUGGUUAGUAAAUCAUCCACUAGAUAUGCAACAAGGAGAAAUAUUGGUGAUAAGAAGAACUCACAUUGCAAGUACUCUGAAUCUGUGGAUUUAGAAAUAUUUAAUUAG